AUGGGGAGCUGCUGCAGCUGCCUGAAUAGAGACAGCGUCCCAGACAACCACCCCACCAAGUUCAAGGUGACGAAUGUGGAUGACGAGGGGGUUGAGCUGGGCUCUGGGGUGAUGGAGCUAACACAGAGUGAGCUGGUGCUGCACCUGCAUCGCCGUGAGGCUGUCCGCUGGCCCUACCUCUGCCUGCGCCGCUACGGCUACGACUCCAGCCUCUUCUCCUUCGAGAGUGGCCGCCGGUGUCAGACAGGCCAGGGGAUAUUUGCAUUCAAGUGUUCCCGGGCCGAGGAAAUCUUCAACCUCCUUCAGGACCUGAUGCAGUGCAACAGCAUCAAUGUGAUGGAGGAGCCGGUCAUCGUCACCCGCAGCAGCCACCCCGCGGAGCUCAGCCCCCAGCCUCCCAACACUCUAGGCUAUACCGUCUCCAGCUUCUCUAAUGGCUUUGCCGGCUGCCCAGGUGAAGGUUCCAGGUUCUUGGCUCCCCGGCGCCCCUCAACAAGCAGCCUGCGACACCCCUCCCUUGGGGAGGAGUCCACCCAUGCCCUCAUUGCUCCAGAUGAGCAGUCCCACACCUACGUCAACACACCGGCCAGUGAGGAAGACCACCGCAGGAGCCGCCACUGCCUGCAGCCCCUGCCUGAGGGCCGGGCCCCCUUCACCACGCAGACGGGGGGCCCGGACCAGCGGGACCCUCAGGUCUUCUUGCAGCCGGGCCAGGUGAAGUUCGUGCUGGGCCCUACGCCUUCCCGGCGGCACCUGAUGAAGGGCCAGGGCCUGUGCCCCAGCCUGCAUGACCCGCCCCACCACAACAACAAUGAGGGCUCCUCUGAGUGUCCUGCCCAGCCCAAGUGCACCUACGAGAAUGUCAGCGGGGGGCUGCGGCGAGGGUCUGGCUGGAGACUGAGCCCCGAGGAGCCAGGCUGGAAUGGCCUCGCCCACCGUCGGGCCACCCUCCUACACUAUGAGAACCUGCCCUCGCUGCCCCCUGUGUGGGAGAGCCAAGCCCAGCAGCUGGGGGAGGAGGCCGGGGAUGACGGGGACUCACGGGAUGGGCUCACACCCUCCUCCAACGGCUUCCCCGAUUGCGAGGAGGACGAGACCCCGCUGCAAAAGCCUUCCAGCACCCGGGCCAACUCCCGUAGUCAUGGCAACUUCCCUGUGCCACUGGCCCGCCGCCGUGGGUCCCCGCGUGUCUUCAACUUUGAUUUCCGCAGGCCUGGCCCUGAGCCCCCAAGGCAGCUCAACUACAUCCAGGUGGAGCUGAAGGGCUGGGGUGGUGAGCACCCCAAGGGGUCCCAGAACCCCUCAGUCCCCAACCCCUCUGCGUCUCGCAGCUCAGACUCCUAUGCCGUGAUUGACCUCAAAAAGACCGUGGCCAUGUCCAACCUGCAGAGGGCUCUGCCCCGAGACGACGGCACCGCCAGGAAAACCCGGCACAAUAGCACCGACCUGCCUCUGUAG